GGUAAGCCGUUUGUAUUGACCUUACAUUAAUGCAACUCAUUUUGUGCUCGAUACGCGUAUUAAAUAAAGUGCUGUGAUUUUGUUCCUAGUUUAAAUAUUACUCUCAUAGGGUACACACUACUUGUACUGAUAUAUUUUAAAAUAUUAAUAUUUUCCUUGUCAUUCAUAAUAAUGCAUUUUAAGGGAAUUUCUUUUAUUUUUAUCGUAAGCGCUAUAUGCUUAGCGCAUGCGAAUGCACUUCCGCGGGACAGUGGUGUGCUUGAAUCUGAUAACGUGUCCAUAAAUCCAGACUUACGGGAAAUGAAAGUAAUUUCAACCGAAACAGUCUCAAAAUCUGGGAUCCCAGGCCGUGUGACGUGUCCUUACGAUGAGGCGACUGAAGACACAAGCUGCCAGGAGCUCUGUUUACCUAAAGGGUAUUCUUAUGGUUUAUGCGUUAGUGGGACUUGCAGUUGCCUAUAGAAAUUUAUAUUUGUUAAUCUGUCUGCAUUUAAAUAAAUUAUAAUGAGAUAUCUACUAUAGUUUAACAUAAUAUAUUUUUAAAGUUAAGUCUAAAGUUGUUUAAAAAUUGUGGGUUAGGGGCAAAAUAAAUUAUAUUAUAGUAUCUAGCCUCAUAUCUGUUGUGUAAUUAAAAAAUGGAAGGAUCUUUUAUUCCGAAAUAUGGCAACCAAGUAGGUAAGGAAAUUGACAAAGAUUUAAUUUAAAUUUCGAAUUAGCGUGCAAAUAAAAAGCUAUUUAUUGAAAAUCAAAUUAAUACUUUCAUUCGUCAUUGAUUGUUGAUUUUGAACAGUAAUGGUAGUUUUAAAUAAAAAAUUCUGCCUUA